CGGGCUGUGAAGAAAGUUUUGAGCCGCAGAGACGUGCCCAGAGUGGAUAAAACAUGCUCACUAAGUGGGAGAAAGACUCUGCCCAGGACACAAGAUGAAGGUGGAGAGGAAGACCUAUUCUACAGGCGACAGUUUUGCUGACAUUCCUCCACUACUGACGAUCUUUGGCCUCCUCCUCCUUCUCUUCACAGGUGAGGUGUCAGGAGUGAAUGUGACCAGCCAAACCCAGGUGGUGAGGGGCACCGUGGGCAAAGAGGCCCUUUUGUCAGUCAGCUACUCCAGCAGCAGCUCAGACAAGCCUGUGAUUAAGUGGCAGCUAAAGAGGGACAAAGAGAAACCUAUCACUGUUGUGCAGUCCAUAGGAACAGACAUCAUAGGGAACCUGAGGCCAGAGUACCGCAACCGUAUCGUGGUGUUUGAGAAUGGGUCACUGCUGCUUCACAACCUGCAGCUGUCAGACGAAGGGGCGUACGAAGUCGAGAUCUCCAUCACAGAUGACACCUUCACUGGAGAACACUACAUUGAGCUCACUGUGGAUGUCGCCGUGUCCAAACCUUACAUCCAGAUGAUAGCCUCGUCCGUCCUGGAGUGGAGCGAGCAGUUUAACCUCCACUGUUCCCACAAUAACGGCACAAAGCCCAUCUACGGUUGGCUGAAGGGAGGCAAGGUGCUGACCAAUGACACACGCCUGCUGCUUUCACAUGACCAAAAAGUGCUGACCAUCUCACGCGUUGUGAUGUCAGAUGAUGACAUUUACGCCUGCACAGUGGAGAACCCCAUCAGCAGCAUGAAGAGCACGCCUGUCAGGCUCACUGUCUACAGACGAAGCUCGCUAUACAUCAUCCUGUCCACCGGGGGCAUAUUCCUCCUAAUCACCCUGGUGACAGUGUGUGCCUGUUGGAAACCAUCCAAAAAGAAACAUCGACCUGUCCCCCAAAGAGCUCCCAUCUAUCUGGAGCAGAGUGAACAUGGCCAUGAUGAACUGAUCGGCCCAUCUGGUCUGCCCCUCGCAGAUACCCCCGCUGCCCAUCUCCACUGGCACAGCCUCUCCCACAUCCCCUUCCAGGUCCUCCCCUGCGCCCAGUCCGCUCCCCUGCUCACUCUCCUUGUUCAUCUCCACGCAGUUUCAGCCCGAUAA